GAAAAGACAAGCAGAAGCUACAUCUCUUUCUUUAGAUUGCAGAAUCUCCUCUUCAGCAUGGUAUUCUUUUCCAUCUCUUUCAUUAGUGAACUCAAUCCAUAUCACUGUAUCUCAAUUGAUCAUCUCCCCUUCUUCCUCUAGGAAUUUUGGCAUAUUUUCAGUUAACUUAAGUAAAGUUUCUUCCUAUAUAUAUACUCUUCAAUUGAUCUCUCAAUCAAUUUGACAAUAUGGGUUUGUUCAUACUGCUCUUAUCUUUAAAACCCUUAUAUAUUUUCACUUUUCAUUUUCACACCUAAAUCAAAAUCUACCACUUACUGGGUUGUCCACCCUCUGUCUGUUCUUGAUACCCACUUUUUUUAGAUUUUCUGGAAUAUAAUUUCUAAAUUCAACACAUGGGUUUUAUUUCUCCUCUUUUUCUUCAGAACCCAGAUUGUAAUUUUCACUAAUUUCAGCUAUUUUCUUUUUUUACCAUUGUUUCUUUUUAAAUUUUUGAUGACUGUUGGCACAGCUUACAAGGCACCAAAAGAUUGAUACUUUCAGUUAUGUAUUUAUCAGAGAAAUCUAACCAGAUUGAUUUUUAUAAUAAUAAAGAAGUUGAAGAAGAGAGAGAAAUGAUAAUGGAAGUUGUUAACAAUGGUGGAUUACAUCCUCAUCACCACCACCACCAACAACAACCACAACAACAAAUGGUUUUAGCUGACAGUAGUGGGUCUGAUCAUGAAAUGAGACCUCCAAAGAAAAGAGCAGAAACAUGGGUUUCUGAAGAAACAAGAUUAUUAAUAAGUUUGAGAAGAGAAAUGGAUGGUUUAUUUAAUACAUCAAAAUCAAAUAAACAUUUAUGGGAACAAAUCUCUACAAAGAUGAGAGAAAAAGGGUUCGAUAGAUCACCAAGCAUGUGUACUGACAAAUGGAGAAAUUUAUUAAAAGAGUUUAAGAAAAUGAAGCAUCACCAAGAUCGUGGUGGUGUAUCGCUGAAGUUAGCUUAUUAUAAAGAACUUGACGAGUUGAUUAAGGAGAGGAAUAAAAAUGUGACGUAUAGUAAGAACACUACCCCAUUGUCAACCAAGGUGGAUGCUUAUAUUCAGUUCUCUGAUAAAGGUAUCGAAGAUGCUGCUAUUCCAUUUGGACCUGUAGAAGAAGGUGGCAGGUCAGCGGCACUCAAUCUGGAAAAGAGUUUGGAUCAAGAUAGACAGCCUCUUGCCAUCACAGCUGCUGAGGCAGUUGGAGGAAGUGGAAUUCCCCCAUGGAAUUGGAGAGGAACUUCUGGGAAUGGUGGUGAAGGGAUUCACUCCUUUGCCGGAAGGGUUAUUUCUGUCAAGUGGAGGGACUUCACUAGAAAAAUUGGUAUUGACGGUACAACAGAUGCAAUAAAGGAGGCAAUCAAAUCAGCAUUUGGAUUAAGAACCAGACGAGCAUUUUGGUUAGAGGAUGAAGCUGAGGUUAUCCGUUCCCUUGACCGUGACAUGCCAUUGGGAACCUACACUCUUCACCUCGAUGAUGAAAUUACGAUAAAAAUAUGCUUCUAUGAUGAUUCUGGCCGGAUUUCUAUUCGUCCAGAAGAAAAGACAUUCUACACUGAAGAAGACUUCCGGGAUCUCCUUACACGCCGUGGUUGGACUGGCCUCAGAGAGUUAAAUGCUUUCAGAAGUGUGGAUUCAAAUGCAUUAAGAAGUGUGGAUUCUCUAGACGAGCUGCGUCCUGGUGCAGUUUACCAAGGUCUGUGAGAUUGCUAGGUGACUACCACCUUGUGUAGCAGACUGAUUGAUGAAAGCGUAUAAACAAUUGAAAAUUAUGUUCAAGAAGCUAUAGGUUAGUAAUACAGCAUGUGUGAAAACCCCUGUAAUACACAAUCUGUUACUUCAUCAAGCUAAGCUUUCUGGUGAGGAUGGCUUUGUCCAAUCAGCCAGAGUUCAGUCUUUUUUGUUAGGGAACCUGUUAUGUCUGUGUAGUGUGAAGGGGUGGUUGGUCCCAAUUUUGGUGGACGGAAAAGAACCGUUUUGUAAAUAUAUAUACAAGCUGAUUUUAGGUCAGCCCAAUUCAUAAUCAGAUUUCAGUUGUGCCAA